UGAAACUUCAAAUUAGCUACUCAACAGUCAACACAAGCAUUGGUAUUUCCACAAGCCUUUUGACUUUAUAAUCAAACAGAUCUAACCUAAGAAAAAAAAUCAAGAAAAUAGUGAAGAAAUGGAGAACAACCAAGUUUUAAUGAUGAAAAACAAGCUAGAAUUCUUGGGCAUAAUCAAAGAAUCCUCAAAAAUAAUUUUCAAAAAUCCAAAAUUCAUCAUCUUCAUCCUCCUCACAUCCUCCCCUUACUUCUGCACCUUACUUCUUCUCCAAGUCAACUUCCACCAAGCUUUACUCCAUUCACUCAAAUCCAAACUCACAACUUUAUUUGAUGAUCAUCAUCAAACUGAACCAACACAUGGUCAUUUGCACUUCUAUUCUCCACCAACUACAACAGAAGUUUUUUUUGAAAUAUUUCAAAAUGUCAUCCCACCAUUUAUAUUACCAGCUUUAUUCUACUCAACAAUUUCACAUCUGGUAUACCUUUUCACUACCAUUUAUGCAGUUUAUUUAACUUCCAUGGUUUAUUCACAAGAAGAAGAUCAUGAACCAGUUGAAUUCAAGAAAAUUCUACACAGGCCCUUUAAAAAGGUAGGGUUUAAAGGACCUUUAGUUACAUUAAUUUAUGUUGUUGUAUUAACUUCACUCACUUGGAUUGGAAUUAUUUCACUGUCCACACAUUUUAUUAUAUUAAAUCAUCUAUCUAAUACCAUACUUAAGGCUGUGUUUGGAUUGGCUAUUUUAGCUUUGUUAAUGAAAUACAUAGAAUGGAGUUGUAUUUGGAGCAUGGGCAUGGUGAUUUCAAUCUUGGAAGAAAAACAUGGUGACGUGGCACUUGGGGUUUCUGCUUAUAUUAGUAGAGGUAGGAGAAAAUGUGGGUUUUUGGUAAUGUUGGUGUUUUUUGUUUGGUGGGUUGUGUUGAGAUUAAUGGGUGUGUAUGGAAUGUGGAGUGGUAAGAGUAGAAAUUGGGUUAUGGUUUGUGGUGGGGAAAUUUUCUUGGGUUGGUUGGGAAAUGUGGGGAAUUGGAUUGUUGUUACUGUUUACUAUUAUGAUUGUAAAAAAAGAUUUCUAGAGAAGAAAAUUGAUGUGGAGCAAGGAUUUGAAGCAGUUAAAUUGUAGAAUGUAUAAUUUUCUCUUUGUAAUUGGUUAUGUUAUAUGAAAAUUUAUAUAAUUGUUAUA